GUGCGGAAUACUUCGGUUCCUUUCGUUCAGAAUGACCUCCAGAUAAAUUUCAUGAGAAAUAACGAAUGUUAUGAUGACAAAAUCAUAUUUCUAGGUUAUGAUAGCGUUAUGGAAAAGACAAUAUCGCUAAAAUGUUAAAAAUUCUACAAGGAAGAUUUGGGCCUUACUGCCAGCUUUGUGUGAGAAGAGUGGCUGAUGGCACUAGGAAAGCAGAAAAUACCAGACAACUUGCAGUGUCCAGAAGAACUUUAACUGGUUCAUUAAAUGCCCAUGCCAGCAAGACAAACCUUUUAAUUCUUCAAAGGACAGUGAGAGCUCAAGGAUGUUUGAAGAACAUGCAUAUCAGAACACAGAGGAUAGAAAAGCCUCUACUUCGGAUAAUUCUAGGUCCUCAGCUGGUCGUUUGUACUCAGCAAGUGCGACAUAUGGGUGGUCUUUCCCGUGCGCUGGGCACCGUCGGGAGGUUCCUACGAGUCAGAUAUUUAAUCUUUACUGGUGCAAUAGGUGGUGGAGUAGCAGCAAAUCAGACGUAUGAGUCAUGGAAACAGCACAUACCAGACAUGAAGUGGUUGAAACAUUACAUUCCAGAACCAGAGACCUUGGAUAAAAUGGCAGUACCAUUUAGACAAGCAAGAGAACUAGUCAACAGAAUACAUCUACCUGAAAAGGGCUGGUUGGGAGAAAAGUUUCCAAAGAUGAAGGAUAUGUCAGACUGGCUGUCACACGGAUCCAACAAAGAAUUAGGCUCUAUUUUCUCGGAUGGUAGAGAGUCAGUUUUGGAUGUAUUAGGCAAUCAUUUACCAGACUCGGAAACAACUAAAUCUGUUUUACCCAAAAUAGGCAUCAGUCCAUUUUCCAGGGAUGAUGGAACGAAAGGGUCAACAAUGUCAGAUGACAGGGCUAGACAAGAUAGUAUGAAUGAAGAAAUCUUAAAAAUGCAGACAAAGUACCAGAAAGAGGUUGACAGAUUAGAGAAGGAAAACAGAGACUUGAGAAAACAGCUCAACUUGAUGGAACAGAAAACUGGGAGGAAACGGAAAAUGAAUAAAUCCUUGAUUGACAUGUACUCUGAGAUAUUAGAUGUUCUCACAGACUUCGACUCCAGUUACAAUACACAGGACCACUUGCCAAGGGUAGUUGUUGUUGGAGAUCAAAGUGCAGGAAAAACUAGCGUGUUAGAGAUGAUUGCUAGAGCUAGAAUAUUUCCAAGGGGUUCUGGAGAAAUGAUGACAAGGUCACCAGUGAAGGUCACACUCAGUGAGGGUCCUUAUCAUGUGGCACAGUUCAAGGACAGUACAAGAGAAUUUGACCUUACUAAAGAAGAAGAUACAGAAGCAUUGAGAAAGGAAGUUGAGCAUAGGAUGAAAAAGAGUGUAAAGGGUGGACAGACAGUCAGUACAGAGUGUAUAUCAAUGUCUGUGAAGGGACCAGGUAUACAGAGAAUGGUACUAGUGGAUUUACCUGGUAUUAUUUCAACUGAAACAACAGUUAUGGCCCCUGAUACAAAGGAAGGAAUCAAAAGACUAGUGAAAAGUUAUAUGGAAAAUCCAAAUGCAAUAAUUCUUUGUAUACAAGAUGGGUCACUAGAUGCAGAAAGAAGUAAUGUAACAGAUGUUGUUAGUCAGAUAGAUCCUAGUGGAAAACGUACAAUAUUUGUUCUCACCAAGGUCGAUCUAGCAGAGAGUAACCUUUAUAACCCUAACAGAAUAAAAUCAAUACUAGAUGGUGAACUGUUUCCAAUGAAGGCUUUGGGCUACUUUGCAGUUGUGACUGGAAAAGGUAACUCCAAUGACAGUAUUGACACAAUUAGAAAGUAUGAGAAUGAGUUUUUCCAGAAAUCAAAACUACUACAAGAUGGAGCUCUAAAGGUAACACAGACCAAUACUAACAACCUGAGCAUGGCUGUAUCAGAACUGUUCUGGAAAAUGGUGAAGGAGAACAUUGAACAACAAACUGAUGCUUUCAAAGCAACAAGAUACAACUUGGAAACGGAAUGGAAAAACAAUUUCCCUAGACUGAGAGAGUUGGACAGAGAUGAACUAUUUGAGAAAGCUAAAGGAGAGAUACUGGAUGAAGUGAUCAGUUUAGGAGCUGUGUCUCCAAAGCAAUGGGAGAUAAUGUUUCGAAAAAAGUUAUGGGAGAGAACAGCAACUCAUAUGUUUGAAAAUAUCUAUUUACCAGCUGCUCAAGCAGAAACUGUGGGAGAGUUUAACACAAUGGUUGAUAUAAAGCUAUCGGAAUGGGCAUACCAUGCUUUACCUAAGAAAAGUGUUGAGGUUGGUUGGGAUGUAUUGCACCAGGAGUUUUCACAUCUUGCUGACAAAGACAAAAAGAAAAAUGCCAGCGAGCAUGAUGAAGUGUUCAACCGACUGAAACUAGCUGUGAUAGAGGGCAGUAAAUCUACGCAUAACUGGGAGAGCAAAGCAGAGGAGAGCUUAAGAGUGAUGCAGCGUAAUACACUAGAAGACAGAGCAGUACAGGAUAAACAACAGUGGGAUACAUCAGUUAAUUUCAUGGAAGAAGCUCUAAAGGAACAACUGGAGAAAAAUGAGGUGACAUUGAGGGAGUUGACGGGCCCGGGAUCUUGGGAACAGUGGAGACAUUGGACAUACAGAACACCUGAACAUAAAAAUAGAAUAGCCACCAGAAAUGAGCUGGAAAGAAUACUUAAACCUCAAAAUAAGCAUAGACCAACGUUAUCUCAAGAUGAACUUACUACAGUAAAACAGACACUGCAGUCCCAGGGUAUAGAAGUAGAUGCUGAAUUUAUAAAACAAACAUGGUACCAUGUAUUUAGAGAGAAAUUCAUCAAGAGAGCCCUACAGCAAUGUAGUGAUUGUAAAAAGGGUUUCUAUUAUUACCAGCAUAACGUUCCAAAUUCAGGGCUUGAAUGCCACGAGGUUGUAUUGUUUUGGAGAAUACAUAGAAUGUUAGAAAUGACAAGUAAUGCUCUACGACAACAAGUUAUGAAUAAUGAAGCUAGAAGAUUAGAGAGGAUUAUCAAAGAUGUAUUAGAUGACUUUUCUGAAGAUACUGAUAGAUUGAAGAAAUUGUUAACUGGAAGACCUGUUGAUCUAGCGGAAGAACUAAAAAAAGUUAGACAAAUACAAGAGAAAUUAGAAGAAUUUAUUGAAGCAUUGAACAGGGAAAAGUAGAGCUGUGCAGAAGUUCUUGCAGAUAUGGACAUGAAAUGAAUACAUGAACACAGACCUAUUGUUGGAUUCAAACUAUUUGUGUACAUUUUGUGAUGUUUUAGGAACUAUUUAUGAAAUCGAAUGCCUUUCAUACAGGAAGGAAUGUGUCAUAAUGGUACAUUGUCUGAUUUUGUAUAGCUGAAAAGUUUAUUGUGUACAUGAUGUUGUUUUCACAUAACUGAAUUUUUGGUGCAUUAGCUGAGAGAUAAUGAUAUAAGUGCUUUUUGUUUAAAUGUGCUAGGAACCAGUAAUAUUGGUUACAGUAUUCAGUUUACAGGCUACAUUGUGAGAGUAUUUUAUGGAACAAUGAAGUCUAAAUAGAAUACUUUAAAGUCAUUAAAUAUUUGGCAAUUUGGGAUGGUACCAUUUAUUAUUCAAAGGGGCGUUCACUGAAAAUUUACUGACUGAAUAGCAAAUAGCACAGACCACGUUCUGUACUGCUCGCAAAGGCAGAAUCACCUGCCACCAGUAGGCUAAAGGUUAAUUUUAUUUGGCAUGAAAGGUCUUGGUUUUGGCGAAAAUGGCUCUUUCACAGGAGAUAUGAUAAUGAAUUUAUGGAGUUUAACAUUGGAGCAUGAAAGUGAAUGGGAAUUUUACUGGUUUGUUGUGGUUUAAUUUUGCGGAUUGAUUGAAAUGCAAAAUCCAUGAAGAAAAAAAAUAGUCCCCACAAAAUUUUAAUAUUUGCACAAAGUUUGCUGUUUAUACCUCCUCCGUAGGUUGCCAGUAUAUUGAUCCAUACCUUUGUCUUGUUUAUUAUGAUGCAUUGAUUUAUACACUCAUCGUUUAAUACAAAAACACCAAUUUUGAUGGUUGGACAGAAAACUAUCUUAACUUGCAUUAAAUAAAGAAGGAGCUUUGACCGUUAUAAUCUGUCAGUAACUAAAAUUUAAAGUCUACUUACAUUGUCUUAAGAAAUACAGCAAUGAUUGUUUGAUACCAUAAAAUUUUCUAUUUUAGCUGGACUUUUUGAAGAAAAAGUACAACUGUUGUACUCGCCCUGCCAUCGGCGUUGGUUAAAUUUCUCUGUUACUAUCAAUGCUAUUGACUUGAAACUUAGAAUAUUAUUUACUAUCAAAGUCUACACCAGGGGAAACAAUCCUCAUAACUCUGAUUUGAAUUUUGACAGCAUUAAUAACUCUGAUUUGAAUUUUGACAGAGUUACGCCCCUUUUUAACAUAGUUUUUUUUGGUUUAAGUUUUAUAAAGUUUUUACUGGCAAAGCUCUUAUUUAGAGUCAAGCACUGAGAAAAGUCAAGCGUGUUGUCUUACGGACAGCUCUUGUUUUUGUUGUUGCACAAUCCGGAGGUCAUUGACAAAAGAAAAAUGAAAUGUUAUAUCACUUAGUAAUACAUCAUUUUGUUUAUAUCUAUAUAUGUGAAUUGUUCAUUGCUUAAAUGUGUUAAGCAUAUAUCGUUUGUUUAAUAUUUCAACACAAGUUCUUACUUCAGCAUUUAUGAUUAUUGAUCAUAUGAACAAUAUCUUCAGCGGUUCAAAUUGUAUUCGUAAAAUCCAUUUUAAAAUUGUUUGUUUUUUAAAUGAACAUGUUAAGCCUUAGUGUCGGAAAAUUUCUGUGAAUAAUGUUCGACUUAAUCCUUAUUCACAUGGUAAACUUUUGGUUUACUUAUCAAUCCAUGUUCGAGUUUGAAUCAAAUAUAUUUUGAGUUUGGACAAUUUGAAAUAAUCGGCGUUUACAGUGUGUUUUGAGAUAGGCUAUGAAUAGGUUCAUUCAAUUGGAUAUGUCAAUACCCACAUUUUAAUUUUUCCUUCUCUUGUUUAACUUACUUUUGUUCCUUAUUUUUGUAGUAAAUAUUUUGUUAAUUUAAGUUCUUUUUAUCGCCAGAAAUUCUAGAAUUUACAUCAAAUGAAAUUUCUUCUAUUUAUGUUAAGAUUUGUUUAGUUUUGUCUGCAAUGAAAUUAAUUUUAUAGAAAUUGUUGUGUAUACAUUUUAUGCAAGUUGUUUAGAUUAGUUUGUCUUUUCAUACAGUGAAAUCUGUAGAAACUGUUUACACCAUUUCUGUCCACUUGUCUGCUUUUCUUGUCUGUCUUUCAUUUACCUGUUUAGCAUUAAUUUACAUACUUUUAACUUGUUUAAUUUUGAUUUAAAAAAAUGCAUAUACCAGUAUACAUAGUGGUCUGAAAAUAUUUUAAUCCAUGAACUUCAAACCGUAAUUUAUACAAAGAAUUGAAAUGCAGAUAUUGGAGAGACAUGGGCUGUCCCUGAAACAUAUUUGUUUAGAUUUCUAAAGUUCUAAAGCAGAGCAGGACUAUAUUAUUUGUGAUUUAUUUAUCUUUGUUACAUUUUGAUAUGGAAGAUUCUUUGGUGCAUACUGAAUAUUGUUUCUGUAUGUCUGUUCAUUUGUAUGCAAUGUUGCAAACCAUGAUUAUAACAAACAUGUAAAAACUUUA